GUGACUGUCACACUGACAGUUGACAACUAAAAUCCCUAGAGGUGCCCCAAAAAUUGUUAUCUGACUCGUUGGGAGGAGGUUUUGUUCAAUUAAAUAACAAAACCUGCCGAUUUAUUAUCGAAUAUUAAAAAAAUGAUUCGUUUUAUAUUAAUCCAAAACCGGGCAGGCAAAACACGUCUAGCUAAAUGGUAUAUGAAUUUCGACGAUGAUGAGAAGCAAAAACUGAUAGAAGAGGUCCAUGCUGUGGUCACAGUUCGUGAUGCAAAGCACACCAACUUUGUUGAGUUUCGCAAUUUCAAGAUUGUCUACCGUCGAUACGCCGGCCUUUACUUUUGCAUAUGCGUCGACGUGAACGAUAAUAAUUUAUGCUACUUGGAAGCAAUACACAAUUUUGUUGAAGUACUCAAUGAAUAUUUUCACAAUGUUUGUGAAUUAGAUCUGGUUUUUAAUUUCUACAAAGUGUAUACUGUUGUUGACGAGAUGUUUCUGGCGGGUGAAAUUAGGGAAACGUCCCAGACCAAGGUACUCAAGCAGUUGCUAAUGUUAAACUCACUUGAAUAAUUUUAUCAAAAACAAUAUCAUACAGUAGAAUCUUUUAUUUUAUGCCAUUCCUGUAUUUUGUGUGUAUAUAUUGACAAUACAGGGCCGUUAUUUAAGUCUAGUGGAAAUAUCGUCAAGAUUCGGUGUUGAUGUGAUGUGUUUAUUUCUUAUUAAUUUAAUUAUAAUAAAUUAUGAAUGAAGAGCCAACAUGAACAAUAUAAGUACAUUCCCAAUUUUUAUUUAUUGUAAGUACAGAAUUGUAUAAAUACUGGUGUUCAAACAUAAAAGUUAAUAAAAGCUUCAAAUUUUAAAACUA